AUGGCCAGCAAUAAGAGCAGUGCCAGCACAAAACGGCAACCCGAAGCGGUCGUUAGUGACUCGGAGAAUCAACAACCGCCAAGUAACAAGCGUCCAAAGAAGUCACCAUCGGAUGAUUUGAUUUGUCCCAUCAAUUUGGAAUUGCCAUGGGAUCCUGUUAUUGCCGAAGAUGGACGAGUUUAUGAAAAGGAAUCCAUUGAGGAACACAUUGAGAAGAAUCCUGAAGAUCUCAGAUCACCAAUCACCAAUGAAAAGAUGGGCAGAAAGCUCUUGUCAGCAAUCUGGGUUCGCAACCACAUUGAUACUCUGGUGGAGUCUGGUGUCAUUGAUGGAGAUCUGGCUGACAAGUGGAAUGAAAAGGUGAAGCAGAAGAAGGACAUGGAAAAACUAUUGAAGAAGGCAGAAGCUGGUGAUGCAGAUGCUAUGUAUGAUCUAGGACUUAACUAUCAUUAUGGAAUUGAUGGUUUCAAGGAAAACGACGAGGAAGCCUUUCAGUGGUACAGGAGAGCUCAUGGGGCAAAAAAUGCUCGCGGAACAGCAUCGAUAGGGUACUACUAUCUGCAUGGUCUCGGCGUGGACAAGUGCAUCAAGAGGGGCGUGAUGUACAUGUCCAUUGCAGCAGGCCAAGGAUCUGACUUUGCAGCAUAUCAUUUAGGAAUGGCCUUGGCAGAAGGCCGGCAUGGUAUGAUUGUGGAUAAAGCAGAGGCCACCCGUUGGCUUGAAGAGGCUCUUGGUGGCUGUAAAAGGAAGCACAUGAAGCUCAGUGACAAAAACAAAGCGCAGGAAAAGCUUAACGAGCUCAAGGGACAAGUUAGUGACUGA